AUGGAUCUUAAACAACAUCUUCUUGAUUCCGAUUUUACUAACUCUCUUGCAGAUGCAUCCUUGUUUAUCCAUGGCUCCGGCUCUCAUCUCAUAUAUGUCCUUGUCUAUGUCGACGAUAUCAUCGUCACUGGGACUCACUCACGCACCAUUGAUGCUGUUCUCACUGCCUUUUCAGACCGUUUUUCCAUCAAGGAUCCCGUUGAUCUUCAUUACUUUCUUGGCAUUGAAGUUUCUCGGUCCAAACGUGGUAUGCAUCUCAUGCAACGCAAAUACAUUCAUGAUCUCCUCCUCAAGACCAACAUGUCCGACGCAAAGCUUGUCUCUACGCCUUUGUCGACCACGCCUAAAUUAACGCUCACAAGCGGGGCUCCUCUUGCUGACCCCUCUCAAUAUCGCUCUGUUGUGGGGAGUCUCCAAUACCUUUCGUUCACUCGACCAGAUCUCUCCUAUGCUGUCAGUCGCCUAUCUCAGUUCAUGCAUCGCCCAACACAGGAUCACUGGCAAGCCGCCAAACGAGUCCUUCGCUAUCUUGCUGGUACUUCAACUCAUGGUAUUUAUCUUCAUGCUUCAUCUCCUAACUCUCUACACUGUUUUUCGACGUCUCCUGUUAAACUCCAUGGCUUCUCUGAUGCGGAUUGGGCGGGAGAUACUGAUGAUUAUAUCUCUACCAAUGGCUAUGUUAUUUACCUUGGUCGCAACCCCAUCUCUUGGUCAUCCAAAAAGCAGUCUGGUGUUGCCCGAUCAUCGACCGAAGCUGAAUAUAGAGCUGUUGCUAAAACUACUGCAGAACUCUGUUGGUUGUCUUCCUUGUACUCUGAAUUGCGCAUACAACUCCCUUCUGCUCUUGUCAUCUAUUGUGAUAACAUUGGUGCUACAUAUCUCUGUGCCAACCCGGUCUUCCAUUCCUGA